AGCUAUUGGAAAUCAGUCGCAGAGACCGGAGUGAGCAUGACGACUUUAAAUUGGGAUGAUCCCAAUUAUGUUGACCCGGAGCCGCCCAAGAAAUGUCCUUAUGACCUUUUCAACGAGAAGUACAAUAAACUUAGCUUGCGUGGGGGCGAUGGUGACUCACGAGGCAAUCGUAACGGCCAUGGUCCUGUAAGAAAUGAUGGGGGGUCGAACAGAGGAGGAUCUGGACGCUUUGGAGAUAAUCGUGUUCGCGAAGACUUUUGCGAGACAAUUCAUAUCAGCAAUGACAUGGUGGACCGUGUGGUUGGGACCGGGGGAUCGAACCUAACCUGUUUAGAAAACGUCUUCUGUGUACGCAUUAAAAUUGAGGUGAAAGUUUUGGGCUCUUCCAUUGGCAAUAUAGGCGAUGUUGGUAGGGAGAUACGCGCCCUUGCAGAUGGACGACCCAGUGGGGCGCUUUUUAGCUUGAUGAGAGAAUCUUAUGAAAACAAUGGUGGCAAUCCACCACGGAAAGAGGAUGACUUAUACAAAGCGGCAGCUGCGCGGGCGGCACGUUUGGCCAAAUUGCCGCCGUUAACUAAGGACUUUUAUAAAGAAUGGCCGGAGGUGGCAAAUUUGCUCCAGGCAGAGGUGGAGUGGCUUCGACGGGAAAACAAGAUAACAGUAUCUCAUGUUUUUGAGAAACAAUCGUCGGAAUUGAUUCCCAACCCUGUUUGGCGGUUUGAUCAAUGCUUUUCCGAGUACCCUGACCUAUUACAUGAGAUUGAAAAGCAGCGUUUUCCCAAGCCAAGCCCAAUACAGUCACAGGCUUGGCCCAUACUCCUCAAGGGUCAUGACCUAAUUGGCAUUGCUCAGACGGGCACGGGCAAAACGCUGGCGUUCUUGCUGCCGGGCCUGAUACACACGGAAUGUCAGAGCACCCCGCGUGGCCAAAGGGGCGGGGCAAAUGUGCUAGUAAUGGUGCCCACUCGUGAGUUAGCCUUGCAGAUUGAAAUGGAGGCGAAGAAAUAUUCCUUCCGCGGCAUGAAAACCGUUUGCGUCUACGGUGGAGGAGAUCGUCAGCUACAAAUUUCGGAUGUAGAACGAGGUGCGGAAGUAAUAGUUUGUACACCGGGACGCCUGAACGAUUUGAUUAGGGCAAAUGUUAUCGACAUAUCAUCCGUUACGUAUCUAGUGUUGGAUGAGGCCGAUCGCAUGCUCGAUUUGGGCUUUGAGCGACAGAUUCGAAACGUGCUUAUGGAUAUACGUCCAGAUCGACAGACGAUUAUGACCUCGGCCACCUGGCCGCCAGGCGUGCACCGUCUCGCCCAAAGGUACAUGACAAAUCCCAUACAGGUGUGCGUGGGAUCACUAGAUCCGGCUGCCACGCAUUCGGUGAAGCAGCUAAUCGAAAUGGUCGAGGACGACAAAGAAAAAGACUCCAAGCUCUUGUCGUUUAUCAAAAGCAUGAAACGAAGCGACAAAGUAAUCAUUUUUUGCGGCCGCAAGGGACGUGUUGAUGAUUUGGCAUAUGAUCUCAUGGUAAAUCACUUUUACAACCGGAGCAUUCACGGCGGUAUUGAUCAAGGUGAUCGCGAGGUGGCUAUUGGCGAUAUCAAGUCCGGCGUAGUUCAAAUUUUGAUUGCCACCGAUGUGGCUUCGCGUGGUCUGGAUAUUGAGGACAUAACCUAUGUUUUAAACUACGAUUUGCCCAAAAAUAUCGAGGACUAUGUGCAUCGUGUUGGACGAACAGGCCGCGCCGGGCGCAUGGGCACCUCGAUUAGCUUUAUAACGCGCGAAGACUGGGCCAUGGCCAAUGAUCUGAUUAAAAUCAUGGAGGAAGCCAAGCAGGAAGUGCCGGAGGAAUUGCGAAAAAUGGCGGAGCGUUUCAAUGCAAUGAAACAACGUUGUGCUGGUCGCGGCGGUGGGGGAGCUGCUCGUGGUCGUGGUCGUGGUCGCGGUCGCGGACUUGGCCGUAGCCUCUAUAGUCGUGGCUUCCGCUGUUAUUAA